AUGGAACGCACAAGGGAAAUGGAUCCAUCCCCUCCAGAGCACCAUCAUUCAGACUCUGAACUAUCUUUAGCAUUUGAAGACGAUCGCUUUUCAUCCGAUGAGGCCGAUUUCGAGUGCUCGGACCCCCGCAAAGACGAUGGCUCUAGUGCCGAUCAUAAACAAUUAGGAUGCAAUGUUUCCGCUGCGGCGGUCAACACGGCGGCCAACACUGAUGAUGAUAACGUUCUCCUUUGUGGUUCUUCCCAAGAACCAUCUAAGCAUAACACUCGUAUCCAUAGAGAAGCCCCGAAUAAUAUUCCUUUUCGCAGAACUCCGGUUUGGAGAAGACAGUUUCCGGCCAACGAUGCUGUCGCACCCGACACUGCUCGGCCACAUGAACUUUUCUACCAAGGUGUUCCUGGAAUUGUUUCUCGUCCAAACAAUCUGUUUGAGAGUGCAGAAAAUGCGAAUUUGCAAUUCCAGACUGGCAGGGGCGACGAUGUCCCGUCUAACGUUUCCACAGGGAAAUCCGACAGCUGUCCUUCUUCCUCCCAACGCAUCCCCUCGCGGCGGGAGCAGGCCCUCUUUAAUCUUCAGAAUCUUCAAAACCUUUCCAUCAUGUCCCAUACAAGGCCUCCUGGCACGCAAUACCACUUCACAUACGCAAUGGAAAGGGUUCCGUACCUCCAGCCAGACUCCGCUCUUUUAGCUCAUGGCUUCGAUGAGUCAACAAAAGGCAUUAGCUCAAAAAGGACUGAUAGCACACAGGCCAUAGGCCCUCGGGCACCUACGAGACCUACUGGACCUCUGGGACUGCAGCCAUUUCGUGGCACAGAAGUGGUACUGAAUAAGAACCCCAAACCCAGGGACCAGUGGGAGAGACGCCUCAUUCCGGACAUGAUACUUCCAAAGGAUUGGAGCAGGUUUGAGAAUUGGAACAGCUUUGUACCGAUCUCUAAAAAGCCGGAGGAUGUCUUCCGAGAGAGGAUGGAGGCAAUAGGCAUUACUGUCACAGAGCCGCUGAGGACUAUUACCGGAAGGCAAACGAACAGUAGUGAUGAAUGUGCGAUAAUGAGCGAUGGGGAGGACGAGGUCCACAGCGGAGACAGUCAGCCAAGUUUAACUGUGAGGACAAAUCAAAUGCCCAAGGAGAUACAACGAGACGAGGUCUAUGAUUGGCUACAUGGAACGUGCAAACGUGACGAAACAACAUCAAGCGAUACAGACGGCAAUGAUGAGUACGAAGGGGAACUUCAUUUCGAUUCUAUUAGCACGUCUAGAGAGGCACCAACUGGAAACGAGCAGCUCCCUCAAAACCAAAACGACGUUGAAGAGACUGGAGACGAAAAACAGAAAACGGAGACCAUGGUUCGCGUCACCGAGGUUGACUCGGCCCCACGGGCGACGGAUGAUUGAACAAUUGAAUGGGAAUGAGCUUUGUCGGCGUGAAUCAG